AUGAGGGAAAUCGUGCAUAUCCAAGCCGGCCAGUGCGGUAACCAGAUUGGCGCCAAGUUCUGGGAGGUGAUCAGCGAUGAGCACGGGAUCGACCCCACAGGCACCUACCAUGGAGAUGGCGACCUGCAGUUGGACAGAAUCAGUGUGUACUACAACGAGGCAACAGGUGGUAAAUAUGUACCCAGGGCCGUCCUCGUGGACCUUGAGCCUGGCACCAUGGACUCUGUGAGGUCUGGACCCUUUGGACAGAUCUUCAGGCCAGACAACUUUGUGUUUGGCCAGAGCGGUGCUGGUAACAACUGGGCAAAGGGCCACUACACAGAGGGAGCAGAGCUGGUGGACUCUGUCCUGGAUGUAGUGAGGAAGGAGGCAGAAAACUGUGACUGCCUGCAGGGAUUCCAGCUCACCCACUCCCUGGGUGGAGGCACGGGGUCGGGUAUGGGCACCCUGCUCAUCAGCAAGAUCAGAGAGGAGUACCCUGACCGCAUCAUGAACACCUUCAGCGUGGUGCCCUCACCAAAGGUAUCAGACACAGUGGUGGAGCCAUACAACGCCACCCUGUCCGUUCACCAGCUUGUGGAGAACACAGACGAGACGUUCUGCAUUGACAACGAGGCCCUUUAUGACAUCUGCUUCCGCACGCUCAAACUGACUACGCCAACCUACGGUGACCUCAACCACCUGGUGUCAGCCACCAUGAGCGGCGUCACCACCUGCCUGCGCUUCCCUGGCCAGCUCAACGCUGACCUCCGCAAAUUGGCCGUCAACAUGGUGCCCUUCCCCCGUCUGCACUUCUUCAUGCCCGGCUUCGCCCCCCUCACCAGCAGGGGCAGCCAGCAGUACCGUGCCCUCACCGUGCCCGAGCUUACCCAACAGGUGUUUGACGCAAAAAACAUGAUGGCCGCCUGCGACCCUCGUCAUGGCCGCUACCUUACUGUGGCCGCAGUGUUCCGGGGCCAAAUGUCCAUGAAGGAGGUGGACGAGCAGAUGCUUAAUAUCCAGAACAAGAACAGCAGCUACUUCGUGGAAUGGAUCCCCAACAACGUGAAGACCGCUGUCUGCGACAUCCCACCCCGCGGCCUCAAGAUGUCUGUCACCUUCAUCGGCAACAGCACAGCCAUCCAGGAGCUGUUCAAGCGUAUCUCUGAGCAGUUCACCGCCAUGUUCCGCCGCAAGGCCUUCUUGCACUGGUAUACUGGAGAGGGCAUGGACGAGAUGGAGUUCACUGAGGCAGAGAGCAACAUGAACGACCUGGUGUCUGAGUACCAGCAGUACCAGGACGCCACCGCUGAGGAAGAGGGAGACUUCAGUGAGGAGGAGAGUGACAUGGAUGGACCGAGACAGCAGCCCAGGAGAAGAAGAGCCCAAGUGAUAGUGGACGACAGCGAAGAAGAGGAGGAGGGGAAGGAAGGGAAAGAGGCUCUAGGAGAGAAGGAAACUGGCAAAAGGACAAGAGGAAAGGAGGAUGUGUCAGUGGUGAACCAGGUCAGUCAAGCUGAGAGAGAUGGACCAAUGGUGUCUACAGAGGUCAAGUUUAACAUGGACAGUGACACAGACGUAGAGGGAGAGGAGGAGAUGGGGCUGUCUGCACCUGUAAACGCUGUUAAGCCACCAGCCGCAACAGAACCUCCUACUACAGACUCUGACCCAGGCCAGAUCCACAUGGACAGUGAUACCGAUGUGGAGGAAGGGGAUACUAUGGACGGUGACUCUAAGUUAAUGCUAACUGCUGCCGAUGUGGAGAGGAAACCAGUAGAUUCUGUCCCAGUGGUGCAGCCAACAGAGAUACACCUGGACAGUGAUACAGACGUGGAUGAUGAUGAUGUUGUUGUGUCGGACAGUGCUACCAAUGUUACCUCCUUCGUAUCCGAUCCGGUUGAGAAACCAGACGGUUCUGCCCCUGCAGUGCCGCCCGUAGAAUUCCACCUAGACACUGACACAGAUGUGGAAGAGGAGGACACAGACACACAUUCCAAAACAGUUCCAGAAUCAGAUUCUAGUGGGAUCAGAACAGGGAUUGCUGGUCACCAGGAGAUCCUUUUGGACAGUGAUACUGAUGAAGAAGACAACCCUUUUGCCCCUCCGGCCAGCAGCAGAACAGCGGAGCUCCUUAAUCCACCCACCAGUGUAGGACCUGCAGCUGCUGCUCCUCUGGAGAUCAGGUCUGACAGCGACACAGACUUAGAGGAAGACGCCACACAGACCAUGAACCUUCCUCCUCCUAAUGUCGCCACGGUAACGGAGGACGCGGUGUUAGCGUCGCGACAGGCUGUGCUUCCAUCACCCACAACAACGACAACCGGUGCUGUUACCAAGACAAUCGCUCUCAGGUCAUCUGCUGACACAGAUGCUGAGGAGGAGAGGUUGGAGCCCAAACCCCCCCGGUGUCGGCCCCCAGCAGGGAUGGUCCCGGAGUCGGACCUCAGUGAGCCCAGUGACUUCAGGAUGGACAGUGAUACGGAGGAGGAUGGACCAGAGGAGGCAGGCCAGGGACAGACUGGAGGUCGGCUCAGAGAGGGGGCAGCUGGCCCCGGGCUGCUCCCCCUGGGCGGUUCCCCUGGCCCUCAUCAGAAGUGCUCCACCCCUUUGGCAUCGUCAGUACAGGAGGAGAUGGAGACUCAGGCCUUCCUCAGUCCCUCUGACCCCUUCAGACACCCAGCUCUCCCUCCUGUGCUGAGGCCUACAGCAGCAUUGUUCUGCUCUGCAUCAGACAGCCAGGAGGACGAUGACUUUGUGGUGGCUGAGACCCAGUCAUUUGUGUUGGAGGCCCAUAACCAGGGCCAUCAGAGCAGCCUUCCAGUGGAACCCACCCUGGAUGCCACGCAGCCCUACAGUCUGGAGCCUUCCUUGGGGGAGGACCGGGAGGAGCAGCCCAGCCGAGGCUCCUUCCAUCUGGGUCUGUCAGACAGCAGCCACCUCCACCUCCAGGCCAGGGACCAGGCCUCAGAGAGCACCCAGGCAUUCAGCUUCCCAGAUGGGGAUUCUGACCUGGAGGCCACCCAGACCUAUGGAUCUGGAGGGGGGAGCGAGGAGCCUGGCCUGGGCCAGAGGUCUGCGGUGUUCGGGAGGAACAGGCAGGUGGACUUUGCCGUGGAGGCAACACAGGCUUAUGCUGCCCAGCCUCGCAGUGACACAGAGGAGGAAGAUGAAGAGGAGACGCAGCCCUUGGAGUUCCCCACCCCGUCUAAUGUUGCUACGACUGAAACCCUGCCCAAGUCUGCCUAUGAGGAAGAGGACAGUGAGGAGGACGAAGAUUUGGUUGGGGCCAAGCCCCUGACCCCAGUAAGGAGAGGGAGAUCUGGAGGAGCGAGGGAGGAAGAGGAGCAGGAGACCCAGACUGGUGAGGUGCUGACCAACCAAUACCUCUCCACAGCUCAAACUCUGGACAUGGUCCAGGAGAGUGAUGAUGAGGAAGAAGCCAAACCAGACUCGCCCAGAAGAAGACGGCCCCAAAAACAGACAGUAGACGAGGAAGAGACACAGACUGUUGGCUCCUACCUCUCCACUGCUGAAACCCAGCCCAUGUUUACUGCUGCUGCUGCUGAGGAUGAUGAUAAUGAGGAGGAAGAACUCAAACCUUCAUCACCCAGAAGGAGGGGAAGGUCCCGGAGAGGGAGAGUAGAAGAGGAGGAGACACAACCUAGUGAGUUCCUCACCAGCUCCCACAUCUCCACCGCUGAAACUCAGCCUAUGGGUACUUGUGACACUGAGGAAGAGAAGGGGGAGGACACCAAAGCUAAAGGACAGGCUCAGAGAGGGCGAGGGAAAGAGUCGGAGGCUGGGACAAGUGGUGUCAGCAGUAGAGGAAGAAGAGGAGCUAGAGGAGGAGAGGAGGAGAGCUCUGAGCCUCUGAAAACGCAGAUGAGAGGGAAGGGGAAGGCUGUGAACACCGCGGGAGGGAGGAGAGAGGUGUUGCCUGAGGAGGAAGAGAGUGAGAAAGAAGAAGAGGCGGAGGUGGUUGAGCAAGGGAGGAGAGGAAGAAAGAGUGUGAAACAACAGAAAGAGGGAGAAAAAGAAAGACUUGAGGAAGAGGGAAUAGAGAAGGAAAGACAAGAACAGGCUGAGAAGGAACGGUUGCAGAAGGAAAAAGUAGAAUCAGAAAGGGUUACGAAGGAACAACAGGACCGAGAGAGGAUGGAACAGGAACUUAAAGAACAAGAUGAGAGAUUAGAGAGGGAGAGUGUGGAAAGAGAAGAAACCGAAAGGAUGGAGAGAGAGGAAAGGGAACAGGAGGAAAGAGAGCGGCUUGAGAGGGAAAGGAAGGAACGAGAAGAGCAAGAAAGACUGGAGAAAGAGAGGGUAAAAAGAGAAGAGAAGGAGAGAUUAGAGGAAGAAAAAGAAAGAAUAGAGAGGGAGAGGAAAGAAAUAGAAGAGAGGAAAAGACUGGAGAGGGAGGAAAAAGAGAAGCAAGAACGAUUGGAGCGAGAAAGCAGGGAAAGGGAAGCGCUUGAGCGAUUGGAGAGAGAAAGGGUGGAGAAAGAGAGAAUAGAGGGAGAACAAGCAGAAAAGCAAAGAUUGGAGAAAGAGCGUAAAGAGAUAUUGGAGAAAGAAAAAAGGGAAAGAGAAGAGAAGAGAAAACAGGAGAGAGAACUAUUGAAGAAGAAAAAGGAAGAGAAGGAGCGAUUAGACAGGGAAACGAAGGAGAGAAACCUGAAAGAGAAAUUGGAGAGGGAGAAGAAGGAAAGAGAAAAGAGAGAUGCCGAGGAGAAAGAAAAGGAGAUAAAAGAACGACAAGCGAAGGAACAAGGAGAAAAACAAGCAAAGAAAGACGACGAAAAUGAGCCAAAAACAUCCACGAGAGGCCGCAGAGCAACCAUCAGGAGAACCGUCACGGUUCCACCCACAACAGAACCACAACCUGAACUUGAUAUUCUGUCCAGCCAACCAGAACCAGUUCCAGCUAGUAUAACUAGGUCUCGCUCCAACUCUUCCAACUCUGUCAGCUCUGAGAGAUCCAGCAUAGGCACCCUGGGGAGCAGAGGGAGAGGGGGGAGGAAGACCACCAGCACCACAGAGCCAGCCCCUGGUCCAGACAACCCCACCCGCAACAGCACCAGGAGAAGGACGUUGGUCGGGACGGUUGUGGCUCCCCCUGCUGCUGUGGAGGUCACAGUGCAGGACAUUCUCUCCAGCGAACAGUUUGUUGCCAGGAGAACCCGCUCUCGCUCCAGCUCCACCAACUCCCACAGCUCCACCAACUCAGUCUCCACCUGUAUCGUGGCUAGCGUGAGCUCUCAGAGCAAAGGGAGGGGAGGAGGCAGAAUGAGGAAGACUGGAACAGAGUCUGUCUCUCCCAGUAACAGGCAGAGUGAGCAGCCUCCAGCCCCCAAGCCCACAGCCAGAGGCAGGAGAAGCCAGAAAGUAGAGGAUGAUGGUCCACACCCUGAGAUUAAUGAGAAGGCUGAUUCUCAGGAGGCUGGUGGUACCACUAGAGGGCAGAAGAAAACAGCCAAAACCAAUGAGCCAGACCCUCUAGUAGCAGAUGAAGAAACCACUCCAGCCCAGGUAACAGAGGACUCCCCCGCUCCUAGAGGGAAUGGAAGAGGCCGGGGCCGAGGCGGACAGAGAGACAACACACCUGAAUCCACCACUACAACAGCAGAAGGGGACACUCCAAGUGAAGAGGGAGUGGAGUCUAAAACUGGUGGGAGAGGGAAAGGGAGGAAGAGGGGGCUGGAAGAGGAGCAGGAGAACAGUGGGUUCAAGGUUCCCCGGAGGAAAGCUAAGGUUCAGAGGGGAGGGAGAUGCAGGACAGCAGAGGAGGAAGGAGAGAAAGAGGAGAAUCCUGCAUCCACUCCAGCAAAGAGGGGCAGAGUCUCCACUGCACAUGUGAAAAAGAUAGCAGAGGAGAAGAGUAUGGAGGGACAGAGUGAGAAGAUGGAAGAGGCUGGUACUGUGCAGAGGAAAGUCCGAGGCAGGCAGUCGACGGUUCAGAUAAAGAAAGAAGAGGAAUCUGUUUUGGACUCUAAUUCUGUGGUGCCCCAGACCCCUACAGGUAAGGGCAGAGGUAAGCGUAGGGCCCCUGUGGAAUCAUCACCGCUAGCCAGGACCCCUCGCUCCCCCUCUGCCUCUCCCCUGUCCUCCUUCUCCUUCUCUGGGACACUGGGCUCAGUUAGGGCCGACACGCAGUCCUACAAGGUGUUGUUUACAGGAGUGGUGGAUGAGGAGGGGGGGAAGGUGGUGUCUCGUCUGGGGGGCAGCCUGGCAAAGGGCGUGGCUGACAUGACCCACCUGGUGACUGACAGGGUCCGACGCACCGUCAAGUUCCUGUGUGCUGUGGCCCGCGGCGUGCCCGUCGUCACCACCGAUUGGCUGGAUAAGUGUGGUAAGGUGGGUCGUUUCCUACCUACUGACAGGUACCUGGUGAAGGACAGAGAGCAGGAGAACAAGUUUAGCUUCUGUCUGGAGGAAUCACUGAGGACUGCCAGCACCCAACCUCUACUACAGGGUUAUGAGGUCCAUGUGACCAGGUCAGUGUUGCCAGAGCCAGCCCAGAUGAAGGACAUCAUCGUCUGUAGCAGAGCUCGCUUCCUCUCCACGAUGCCCUCCACUCAGAAGGCCCAGGCCCGGACCCUAGUGAUAUCGUGUGGGGAGGACUGGUCUCUCUGUGCUCCUGCUCUCUCUGCUUCUCUCCCCGUCCUCAGUGCUGAGUUCCUGCUAACUGGUAUAUUACAGCAGAGAGUGGACCUGGAAACCCAUGUCCUCUCAGCCCCCAAACCCAGGGCCCAGCCAGGAGCCAAAGGCCAGGCCAGGGGGAGGAAGAGAAUGUAACAGAAAGACCAAACUCACCUGGGUGUUAUUCAUUAGUGCAUACUGUAGCAAAACCAUAUGCAACAGAAAACAAACACUAGUGUUUCUUAUUGGACAAGUUCAGGUAAUCCCUCCCUGUUUUAGUCUGUUUUCUACCGUUAGGUGAAUAUGACCCUGUCUACAGGGCCAGGGAGAAGGCAUUACAGUUCCAGAGAAGACCACAGACAUAUGGCACCCGUGUGUGUGUGUGUGAUGGCAUAGCAUGCAGCACCCACCUCCACCUGUAUAGAGAACAGUAGCAGGUCCAGGCCACAGAGGAGUGGUAACUACAGUACUACUCCCCUGGAGGGGCUGGAGACCAUUAGACACCUGAGAGAGGGGAGAAUGAGGAUUUGGCUGUACAAGAGACAGUGGCAGCAUCCCAAAUGGGACCCUAUUGCUUACUUUUGACAAGAGCCCUGCACUAUGUAGGGAAUAGAGUGCUAUUUGGGACGCAGACGUAAAAGGCUGGUGAGAGGAGACAUCCACCUGUAGACCACAUAGUUGAGAAUGUAUUCACUCAGAUAAGAAGACAAACAAACCCAAGAGAUGGAAAUAUAUUCCUAUGUUUAUGAGGGUAGAGAGAGAAUAGAUGAUGAGAAAUGCUCUGAAUAGAUUUGUGUUCAUAAAAAAAUAUAUAAAUAUGAGUUAACAUAGAGAGAAGAGACGGAGUAAUAAGAUAAUUUACUGCCUAUCCCAGUCAUUUAUUUUGUCUCUUCCUCUUUUCCUGUCUUUCCUCUCUCUCCUGAUCCUUUAUCUAUACGGAUUAAUAGCCAUCCUCUCGCCUUUGUAUAAAGAUAACAAAUAUAUAUAUUAGUGCCUAUUUUACGAGGAUAAUGUUGAAUAUACCAGAUAUCUGUCUUCACUGGCUGUGAUUGCUGAAGGGACAUGUCUUCAAUCUUAGAGAAAGGACUGAACUGAUUGUUUUAAUGCUGCUCAUCCAUCUACAUCUUUGUAUGUCUAGGAGUUAAAUGUGUCUUUAUUUACUGACCAAUAAACCUUUUGUACUGAACCUCUGA